CUCUCUUCCAUAUUGGUUAACAGUAGAAGGCUCAGUUUCUCUGCUCAUCACACGGCCUUCGGCACUGUAGCUUUGGGUGGUGGGCUGCAGAUUAAUUUUGUAACCACCUUAAGAAAAAUACGGAACUCUAACUCCUUGCCACUCAAGAAAUGUCCUCCCUUUCGGAAUAUGCCUUCCGCAUGUGUCGUCUCAGUGCCCGGCUAUUUGGUGAAGUCACCAGGCCUACUAAUUCCAAGUCUAUGAAAGUGGUGAAACUGUUUAGUGAACUGCCCUUGGCCAAGAAGAAGGAGACUUAUGAUUGGUAUCCAAAUCACCACACUUAUGCUGAACUCAUGCAGACCCUCCGAUUUCUUGGACUCUACAGAGAUGAGCAUCAGGAUUUUAUGGAUGAGCAAAAACGACUAAAGAAGCUUCGUGGAAAGGAGAAACCAAAGAAAGGAGAAGGGAAAAGAGCAGCAAAAAGGAAAUAGUGUUGGUCCCUCAAGAGGGAGACUUUCUUCCUCAGUGGCGGAGAGAAGAAAGUGCAUUUAUUGUCUUUCCACAUAUUGGAGGAAUGUCAUCUUCCUAAAUGAAGUUUAUUUGGAGGAACACAGUCAUCUCCUUGGUGAAAUCUAAUCCGGUUACAUUGUGGCUGGUUUCUUGAACACAUUCUAACUGUGCAAAAUUAUUUUGGCCUUGGCCGUGUAAUGUGAGGUUUACCUGAUUCUCUAAUGAAAUAAAUACCUAAGUUAU